ACGAGAUCAAUACGACCAAAAUCACAGAUAUGCAUGAUCGAUAGUCGAACAGUGAUGUUGACGGAUACUUUAGGUGAACGCUGUCCCAACUCGCAUAGACUUCUGUGUAUUUGUUAUCUUCCGGUUUACAAUUAUCCAUCCACACUGUGUCAAGCAGUAUCCAUUAAGCUGAAGAUUCUCUUCCGCGAUUACUGGCAGCAAGAAGAACUAAUUCUAAGCCAUGUUUAUUACGGCCGAAAUCUUUUACCUGGUGAAGGAGCAGCGAUGGCCGCCUACAUUGCCGAAGGAAAGCGUAUUCCUCGGCGAGGUGAAAUCGGUCUCACGUCUGAUCAGAUCAAAGAAUUUGAGGACGUUGGCUUUGUGAUGAGCGGAACGAGACAUCGCCGAAUGGAGGCCACUCGACUUCGCAAAGAAAACCAGAUUUACAGUGCUGAGGAGAAGAGAAUGCUGAGCAUGUUCAGCAAGGAAGAGAGAACCAAGAAGGAAAAUAUCAUUUUACAACAAUUUCAAGAACUUGUGUCUAAAAAGAUGCAGCAGUCCUAA